AUGGAGUUACUGGGUCGUGGCACGAUUAAUAUCACAAGUUUAUCACCAGCAUCUAACCUACUUUUUCUGCUUGAAAAUAUACCGCCAGAAAGCGUGAGCCCUCUCGUCAAAUUUCUGGUUGGCAUGGGCCUCGACGUGAAUCAGAAAGCACACCCCUUGGCAGUCAAGCAGAACGCUCUUUACCCUACUUUAUUCACGACUAACUCUACCUUCGCGAACGGCGACCCUUUAACACAUGUAGAUCUCAAGCUAAAAGUAUGGAUCCGCGCUCAAUGGCUUCAUUUCCAUGAUGAGAUUACUGGGAAUUCAAUCACGCCUUUACGUUGGGCAAUUGCUCAGGAUAAACCGGCCUUGGUCCAGGCCUUGUUAGAGACUGGAGCUGAGUUUCCCAAAAUCCCGGAUAAGAAUACAGCGAAACAAACCCAGCUAGCAAACUCAUGGUCUUCAGAGCUUUGCAACGUCUUUGUACUCGACCAACCGUGCUAUAACAUCAGGAUUGUCCGAGCCUUCUUGGAUCGACAUGGCUCGCAACAAGGCCAAGCCCCAUUCGCCGAGACGCCCUUAGGUUUGAUAGUGAUGGAACCCAAUGGGCCCCCGCAGCAGAUUAGGAUGGUCAACUAUGGCCACCCUGAUACACUCUCAUCCCUUCUUUCUUUGCUGCGCCAAUACCAGCCUCUUGAUGACCCACUACUUUUCUGGGCGGCUGUAGUGAACAACCACAAGGACAUAGUGCGCUAUCUAGUCAGGAACGGCGUGCAACUUAAUAUUAUCCAAUUCCUCCUUAGGAGCGGUGCCGAUGCCAGAGCCACUACCUCACAGCAAGGACUUUCAACAAUACACAUGCUCUUCUGGACAGCCAAGCCUCAAAAGACUGAAUCUAUGCAGCCAAGCCUCAAAAGACUGAAGUUAUGA